UCUGCUCAAAUAUUGACUUCGCGAUUGUGCGUGGUGUCGCAAGCGAGUCGUGCAGUAGACGGCGAUGCUCUUUUAAAAAGCGAGUUCUUGCGAGUGAUAAGUCAAGUGCUGUCGGUUGAAGAAUUGAUAAUCGGAGUAUCCUGGAAACAGGAGAUAAGGAAAAUGCUACUGGUGGCUAGUACUGUGUUUUUCGGAUUGACCCUUGGUCUCUCCCACACGAGCAUCUCAGCCCUCGAGUCGACACCGAGCUCCUUCAACAAUCAUGGAGCUCCACGAUUGGAUUUGGACAGUCCGGAAAGCGGAUACCACGGCCUGGUGAAGGAAAACGAAACUCUGGUCGAGGUCACGCCACAAAUACGAGCUAUAGGUGCCAAAGUCUGCUCCUUCCGUAUCGCGAACAAACACCAUGGCGAAGCGCCCUUCGAGAUUGUUUUGAAAGAGAAAGGAAUGGCGGAGCUGAGAGCGCUGCGAGUUCUCAACUGCGAGAAGCGGCGUAACUACAAGUUUGAUAUCGAAGCCGUUGGCUGCAACGGAUCGUUAUCGGAAAAUGCAACGGUGCAUAUUACCGUGGUGGAUGUGAACGAGUAUGCACCGCAGUUUCUGCAGCCGGCCUAUGUGAGUACCGUGGACGAAGGUCGCCUAUACGAAGAAGUCGUCCGUGUCGAAGCAUCCGACAGAGAUUGUACCCCAAAAUUCGGUGACGUAUGCAAAUAUGAAAUUUUAACAGCCGACCAACCGUUCAUCAUCGACAACGAGGGAGCGAUACGAAACACCGAGCCAUUGGACUACGAGCGAUCCCACAACUACAUUUUAAGCGUGGUAGCCUAUGAUUGUGGCAUGAAACAAUCUGCUCCAGCCAUGGUCACUGUUAAGGUCAAUCGUGUCUGCGCGCCUGGAUGGAGAGGAAUUCCAGAAAGGGUUGAUUAUGCUGCAGGCGUAGGUUCUCAAUCAUUGCUUCCUUCCGCCAGAUUGGAUCUUUGCGAUGCCCCCUGUAUAUUACGCAACGUUCGAGCCACGUUGACUCUUGCUACGGACCAUAUAGGGAAAGGUUGCGACCGUGACACGUACGGUGUGCGCAGCCAACGUAAGUUAUGCGGUGCAUCUCGCGAUAGCGUAGAUUUAUUGCCAACCCCUGGGCCUACGACUUCCUGGACGGCAUCUUUGUCUCGAGACGAAGGCAGGGAAGCGGACGAAAUAUUCGAGUUUGACGGCGUUGAUUCCGCUGCUAUUGUACCUAACGACGUGCUCGAGCACACUCUGGCACAGAAGUUCACGAUUGGAGUUUGGGUGAAGCAUCGACCUCGUCCUAGACAAGACCCUCAUGUUAAAGAACAUAUUUUGUGCGCUGCCGAUGAUCACAAGAUGAAUAGACACCAUUACGCCCUGUUUAUCAGAAACUGCAGACUGAUUUUGCUACUUAGACGCGACUUCUCCGAGGGUGAUCCUAAUAUCUUCCGGCCUGCCGAAUGGCGUUGGAAACUUAGUCAAGUAUGCGAUGAUAAGUGGCAUCAUUAUGCCGUUCAAGUCGACUUCCCUCGCGUGACUCUGUUCGUUGAUGGAGAGGAAUGGCACACGGACGAGAAGAAUCCCGAAGUGAUCGACGACUGGCCACUGCAUCCUGCGAAAGGCGUUAACACGGCUCUUGUCGUUGGUGCAUGCUGGCAGGGUUCCGACAAUAAAACGAAGCAUCAUUUCCGUGGCUAUCUGGCUGGGCUGUCCGUUCUAGUUGGACGAAACGAGAAACCGGAUGUACUGUCAUGCUUGCGCCGUUGCCAGGAAGGUAUUCACGUGCCAUCGAUGGAUCUGCUUCAACCGGGGACCCAAUUGCUCACCAAUUCCGACCUAACCGAGGUACGAAUCGACGGAGAUAAUCGCACUAAUGUCGAAACGCUCAUUCGUCGUAUUGGUUAUUCCAACUCGAGACGGUUCCCUACCCCGGGCCGUCGUAAUUUCCGUUUAGAAACAACAAUUGUCUGCGAAGGUAGCGAAAACAGUCCGCUCCCGGUACCAACCGUUCAGUCAUACGUUACCGUUCUACCACCACCACGACCAGGCAUAACUGUCAACGGCACCGGAUACGUGGCUAGGGAAUACGCAGAUUUUCGUUUGGGUGUACGCGUAUUCCCAGAUACUCGAGUCACUGCCGGUUCCGCUGCCAGAUUGGAUGCAUGCGCGGUCAGUGUUUAUCCGAGUCUGAAUCCCGACCAUGAGAGCUUAAGUUUACCCGGCAAUGCUCUGCGUAGAUUCCGUUCUAUCACGGCACGUGUAGACCGGGAUGGUGUUGUUCUCUCAGGUGCCGAUACACCUUACAAUUACCAACAGCUGAUACGUCUCAUCAUGUACACGAAUCACAAACCAGCUUACUAUCUUGAUCGUGUAUUCAAGCUGACCUGCUCCGAACUCAGCGGUCGAUUCGCUAGCAACGAAUACGUACAAACUCUUGCCGUCAUUCACCCGAAAGAGAAGACCACCGUUCUUCCUCAUUCUACUCCGGACGAGCCACCGAUAGCCAGAAUUCUGGAACCAGUACCCGGACACCUGCAAUUGUCGCCUCAUCAUGCAGAUCUGCCGGAAGAGUAUGCGACAGCUGCGCUUCGCGAAGGUACUAGGAGCAUUGGAGGAGCGAGUAGUAGUCACGCAGUUACGAUUGUCGCCGCUGCUUGCAUCUGCUUCUUGCUCCUAAUGGCGGUGGUCGGAGCAGCAAGAGUUAGAGGCGCUGCGAAAAGACGACCAUCUGCCGGAGACGAGUUGGCUGCUGAAACCGAAAUGGCUUGGGACGAUUCUGCACUCGCUAUUACCGUGAAUCCGAUGGAGAGGCUCACGGAACACGAUCCACAUCAUCAGAGCCAGAGAGACGAGGACGUUGAUGACUUGGAAAGUUUAGACUCGGAAGAUGGAUCAUACAGAGAUGACGACCUGGUCAGUUCCGAUUGCGAGAAUGAUUGCGAGCUAAGCAAUGCCCGACAUCGCCGUCACAAUUCACCUCAUGACUUGGAAUGGGAUCAUCGUGAUGUUUAAAUUACUAUUCCUCAGCAUUCACCAUCCCCUUUCUUCGUGUGGUGGUUAAGUGGAGUACUAACACGUAUUGUUUCUCAUUAUUCCCUUUUAAACGAUCAUUAUUAUUAUUUUCUUUUCUUAUGACGCUUCGUAAUACAUAUAGAAUACGUGUGCCGCUAUUCUCUAGCGGGCCGCUUUGAUAAAUGAAACUUGAGCUAUCCUAAUAAUCGCGGGUGAAAAUUUUUCAAACUUCGAUGCGUCUUUUAAAGAACAUAUUAACAUUUUCGGUAAUUAAUCCGAUAUUCCUAUGUAUAAAUACGAAAGCGUCGUAUUAUAUCCGUCCCCAUAGAUGAUGACAUAUUGGUAUCGUAAAAUGUUAAUAAACCAACUAGUUAGUACUCUCCUUAAAAGCCAGGAAAAUUUGUAAGAGAGUGCGGGACGCUUUAUCGAAUAGUUAAACUCUUUCUAUCUAACAACACGCCCAUUGAUGUUGAUAGGUAAAAGAUACACAUGGAAGAUACUUAAGUUUACUGGGAAGUUCUUGGUAAAUAUUGGAAGCAGUUAAUUUAUAUUUGUCUCUUAUUACCGCUAAUUAUUAUGAUUAAUAUUACUAUUACCGCUAUUAUUAUUAUGAUUAUUAAUUAUUAUCAUCACGAUUACUUUUAUUAUCUUGUAGUAGUAGGACGAGGGAACUUUUUUAUACUCUUAAUUAUCUUCUCCUCCUUUUAUUCUAUUUUAUUCUAUUUU